AUGGUGCAGCCGGACAGCCUCAGGGGUCAAUCAGGUCGUAUCUAUGCGAUUGAGAGGGUUCUCCAGGAGAAGGAAUUUCCACCAAGUCAUGUAUACCUUGCGACCGCGGAAAACCAAAAGUUCGUCUUGAAGAAUGUAUCCAAAACUAGCUUCAUUGACUACCAGGAAAUUUACCGAAGUCUUGAUGACUGCCCAAACCUGCGUGUCGCUUGUGAUACCAUACCGGAUCAAUCAUCUUUCGUGUUCAAGUAUUUCAGCGACCAUCUCUUAAGUCUGGCUCAAGAGAAUCCCCCAUUACCUACGGUGAAACGCAUCUUGAAGGAUGCCCUGCGAGGGCUUGCAAAGUUACACGAGAAAGACAUUGUCCAUACCGACAUCAAGCCGAACAACAUCCUCAUCCAGCGGCACAACGCUGAUGGCAUGGAAGUCGAUCAAGUACAGCUAGCUGACUUGGAAGAUUCUGCCCAUGUGCCGCCGGAUUGCGACAUAGUUGGGAAGCAAGCGGGAAACUGGAUGUGGCGUAGCCCAGAAGCCCAUGCAUCCGGCCCUGUGAACAAGCCCUCGGACAUGUUUUCUUUCGGUAUUGUGUGUAUCUACGCUGUUUACAAGAGAGUCAUAUUUGCUGUUGGUGAGCAUGAGUUGGGUGAGGGUGAGGAUAUCCUGGCACAUGUCCUUGAACGACAGAUCUCCUAUUUCGCUGAUAAAGAAGGGCUGGCUGGGCUGUUGAGGCAUCUUGGCGACAGUCCAUGGGUGGAGAUUUUUGGCGUUCUCCGAGAUGGCUUUAAUGCCGACAAUCCGCGGAAGCCAUUCUCUCUAUGGCAGGGUGUCGAUGAGGAAUUGAAAGAUUUGGUUGGCGGGUUGACAAACUUUGAUCCUGGGAAGAGGCUUACGGCAAGUGAAGCUCUGAAUCACACUUGGUUUCGCAUUGAGUGA